UCAACUAAACAAACACAACUAGGCUAGAUGCCAGAUUAUUUUUGAUAAAAUUAUAAUAUAGUUAAAAAUGUAAUUGGGUCAUGAACAAGACAGUCUCUUUUUGUCCUUUGCAUUUAUAACACCUUACGUGUUAAAACGUUUCAUUAAAAGGCAAUUCUCAAGCUUCUCAAGAUACCCGUUUUAGCAUUUCAUCGAUAGCGCAGAUCUGGCAACCCAAGCUCUGCAACUGCACAGGUCCUCUUUCUGACCAACCAGCUCGCGUAUGCACAGCGAAACGAGCAUACACCAUUGAAAAUGCCUCUUGCAAGAGACCUCCUCCACCCUACAAUUGAACAUGAGAGAAGACAACAUAAAAAGAAAAGGCUGGUUCAGAGUCCCAACUCCUACUUUAUGGACGUGAAGUGCCCAGGCUGCUACAAGAUCACCACAGUGUUCAGCCAUGCUCAGACAGUGGUACUCUGUGUGGGAUGCGCAACAGUGCUUUGCCAGUCAAAAGGAGGAAAGGCCAGACUGACAGAAGGUUGCUCUUUCAGGAGGAAGCAGCAUUAAAAGGGGACACUUAGUCAUGAUUGCAAUUAAGCCAUGCUGUUGAGCAAUUAUAUCUCCCCAUUAUGUAACAAAGUAACUGUGCAUUCAUUAACAGCAGGUCCUGUCACUAUACAGAUGUCCAACUUUUAUGAAGAAUUUGUAAACUAGCAAACAUUUUAUUCUGCAAGAUGAUUAAUGUUACAUUUCUAUAAGCCAAUAAAACACUCUGAAAACAUG